CCCAUCCCUUCUCCCCAAGCUGAGCAGAGAGGGUGACCUUGAAGAGGCCACAAGCGCAGCAGCAAUAUGGCCUCGGCUGCCUCUGUGACCAGCCUGGCAGAUGAGGUCAACUGCCCCAUCUGCCAAGGGACCCUCAGGGAGCCGGUCACCAUUGACUGUGGCCACAACUUCUGCCGCAUCUGCCUCACCCGCUACCUUGAGAUCCCCAGCCCGGACCCCGAGGAGCCCCCAACCUGCCCACUCUGCAAGGAGCCUUUCCGCCCAGGGAGCUUCCGGCCCAAUUGGCAGCUGGCCAGCGUGGUGGAGAACAUUGAGCGUCUCAAGCUGGUGUCCCGGCUGGACAUAGAAGAGGAGGACAUCUGCCCCGAGCAUGGGGAGAAAGUCUACUUCUUCUGCGAGGAUGAUGAGAUGCAGCUGUGCGUGGUGUGCCGGGAGGCCUGGGAGCACCGUGCCCACACUGUGCGCUUCCUGGAGGACGCGGCUGGGCCCUACAGGGAACAAAUACAGAAGUGUCUUGAGUGUCUAAGAAAGGAGAGAGAGGAGAUUCAAGGAAUUCAGUCAAGAGAAAAUCGAAGGAUACAAGUCCUCCUGACUCAGGUGGCCACCAAGAAACAAAAAGUGAUUUCUGAGUUUGCACAUCUGAGCCAGUUCCUGGAGGAACAGCAGAGCAUCCUCUUAGCCCAGUUGGAGAGGCUGGAUGGGGACAUCUUGAAGCAUCGGGAUGAGUUUGAUGUCCGGGUCACUGGGGAAGUCAGCCGGUUUAGCACCCUCAUCGAAGAACUGGAGGAGAAGGAGGACAGGCCAGCAAGGGAGCUCCUGAUGGAUAUCAGAAGCACUCUAAUAAGAUGUGAAACCAGAAGGUGCCGGAAACCAGAGGCUGUAUCCCCUGAGCUGGGCCAGAGGAUUCGGGACUUCCCCCAGCAGGCCCUCCCUCUGCGAAAGGAGAUGAAGAUGUUUCUGGAAAAACUCUGCUUUGAGUUGGAUUAUGAGCCAGCUCACCUCUCUCUAGACCCCUGGACUUCCCACCCGAAGCUCCUCUUGUCUGAGGACCACCAGCAGGCUCGCUUCUCCUAUAAAUGGCAGAAGUCACCAGACAGCCCCCAGCGUUUCGACCGGGCCACCUGUGUCCUGGCCCAUGGUGGCUUCACUGGGGGGAGACACACGUGGGUGGUGAGUGUGGACUUGGCUCCCGGGGGCAGCUGUACCCUGGGUGUGGUCAGUAAGGACAUCCGGCGGAAGGGGGAGCUUCGGCUGCGGCCAGAGGAGGGGGUGUGGGCGGUGAGACUGGCUUGGGGCUUCGUCUCUGCCCUGGGCUCCUUCCCCACCCGCCUGGCCCUGGAUGAGCAGCCCCAGCAGGUGCGUGUGUCUGUUGACUACGAGGUGGGCUGGGUGACCUUUGCCAAUGCCGUCACUCAGGAACCCAUCUACACCUUCACUGCCUCCUUCACCCAGAAGAUCUUUCCCUUCUUUGGGCUCUGGGGACGAGGGUCCAAGUUCUCCCUGAGCUCCCUAGAGGGUGCAGCUAACCUCCCCUAA